UUGCCCUUCGCCGCUUGUAAAGUUAUAGACAAAGUAACGUAAGUACUUGUUUAGGCGAGAUUUAAACACAGGAAUGCCCUUUUCUGUUUGUGAGUGUCAGCGGCUGCGCUGGAUCUGUCCGUCAGCAUGGGUAAGUGGGGUCACAUUACAGGAAGCCAAGAUGGCUGACUUUGAGGAGCCGCUGUCAGAUGAAGAGAAGGUCCGCAUAGCAGCCAACUUUGUGACUCAUGCUCCACCUGGAGAGUUCAAUGAGGUCUUCAAUGAUGUUCGGCUUCUUCUCAAUAAUGACAACCUCCUCAGAGAGGGGGCUUCACAGUCUUUUGCCCAGUACAACAUGGAUCAGUUUACCCCUGCCAAAAUUGAAGGAUAUGAGGAACCUGUCCUGAUCACAGAGCAUGGUGACUUGGGUCAGGGAGGUUUCCUGGACCCCCGUAACCGUUUAUCGUUCCGCUUCGAUCACUUGAGAAAAGAGGUCAGUGAUGUGCAUCCCUACGACGGAGAGGGGGCUCUGAGAAGCUGGAGAGAUGCCUGCGAUACUGCCCUUAGUGCCUACAUCAAAGAGCACUACCCUACAGGAGUCUGUACGGUUUAUGAGAAAACAGUUGAUGGUCAGCAGACAGUUAUAGCCUGCAUUGAGGGACAUCAGUUUCAGCCCAAAAAUUUCUGGAAUGGUCGCUGCAGGUCUGAGUGGAAGCUCACUCUUGGACAGUCCACUGCUCAUGUGGUUGGAGUUUUAAAAAUCCAGGUGCAUUAUUACGAAGAUGGGAAUGUCCAGCUGGUCAGCCAUAAGGAAGUUGAAGACUCAGUACCCAUGACUAAUGAAAGCCAAACUGCGAAGGAAUUUGUUGACAUCAUUAAGAAUGCGGAAAACGAAUACCAGACUGCAAUUAAUGAAAACUACCAGACCAUGUCUGACACGACCUUCAAGGCCCUGCGUCGCCAGCUUCCUGUCACACGCACCAAGAUCGACUGGAAUAAGAUCCUAAGUUACAAAAUUGGCAAGGAGAUGCAGAAUGCCUAGAGGAAAAGGGUCAGGGACUCACCAGGAUGAUGCACACUCCCAUGGGCUCACACCCCGUCUAUAUAUGCGCAGGGACUAACCAAAGCAUAACUAUAUUAAUAUGGAGGAAGGAAGUAAAAUAAAAAAUAACUCAAUGUUUGCAGACUGUUGGGCACAGAUAUGUCUGCUGUAAGGAAAGUGUUGGUAUUAUAAAAAUAAUGAUAAUUGUUUUUGCAAAAAGGUGUUAUAUUUGGAUCUGUGUUGGGACAAUGUGCAGUGCUGUGCUCAGGGCUGCUUCAUUAGAAAAAAAAAACUGUUGUCUCUGUUUAAGGAAUCACUGAACUCCAUAACUUCAGGUAAAUGAAAUUCAGAUAUUUGUCUUAGAGAAACUGAUACUGAGCUCCAUUCAGAGUUUCUGCUCUCCGCACGCAGCACAAAGCAGCAGAUGACAUAAAUCAAGCACACAGUUUCAUAUCAGUGUUUGACUUUGGUAGAACAUGAGUUUUCCGAGGGUUUCUUUAUUUGUCAUUGUUUACUUUGCCUGGUUGAACUGAAAAUCUGCUUCAUUAGUGGAAUUGUAAUAUGGCCAGGAAAGGUAAUUGCUGUUAGGUUACAGAAGGUUAGAAGUAUUUCUUCUCUGUAUUACAUAAUCCAAAUGAACUACAUAGCAUUUAAAUACAGCACAAAACCUGACACAGCCCUGUUGUACAAGUGCUCCGACAGCUAUAUGUUUGUCUUUCUGGUCUGAGGAAAAGUUCACUUGUUUUCUCAAUUGAGCUCCACUUAUCUCUCUGUUCAUGCAAGUUGUGAUGACAGAAAUAAGAUAAAGCCACCUCUGUUCUGCAUCCAUUAAACACCAUGUUCUCUCUUUUUGGUAUCAACUUUGCUGUAAAUCUUUUUCCUUUUUUUACAAAGGAAAACAUCGUCAUAUUAACCAAAAUUGAUUUGCCAAAAUCUCUUUCCUAUGGUAAAGAACUCCAUCUUCCUGCUCAUGUGUGUAAAAUUUCUAUUUUAAUAUGCUGUCUUUUUGUUUGGAGUCUUAGUACAUUGCACUCUUAAUUGUCCAACCUGUCUAGAAGUCGAUGCCAAGUGGAUGCAAAGCAGUCACUAUAUGGCAAGAUAAUAUACUGUAAAUGAAGUGUGACUCCUAGACAACAUCAUUUUCUGGUCUACAUGUCUUACGAGAAGACUGACUCCUGAUCAGUUUCUUGUUAGCUAUGCUAUGUGCUGUGUUCGAACGUCAUUAUAUAAUACAACUGUGUGCCGAUCAGCUAUAAAGUUUAAGAGUGUACUGCCCCAUCCUGUUCAAAUAAACUGACAUACAAUCCAA